UGUCACAGGAGGCGGCGUCCUCCUGAGUCCCCAGCCUCCCACCGCAGGGACCAGGGCCUGGGGUCAGGGGACCUGGGUUGGGGUGGGCUGGGGUCCUCCUGGGGGUCACUCUGGGGUUGCAGCCGCAGUCAGAGCCACGCGGGAGCAGUACCCAGAGCCCGACGGCGCCCCGCUCAGCGAGCUGUCCUGGCUGUCCUCCCUCGCCGUGGUGGCUGUGUCUUUCUCCGGGCUCUUUGCUGUCAUCGUCCUCAUGCUGGCCUGCCUGUGCUGUAAGAAGGGCGGCAUCGGGUUCAAGGAGUUUGAGAAUGUGGAGGGGGACGAGUAUUCGGCCGACCUGGCACAGGGCUCCCCGGCCACCACGGCACAGAACGGGCCCGACGUGUACGUCCUGCCACUCACGGAGGUGUCCCUGCCCAUGGCCAAGCAGCCGGGCCGCUCAGUGCAGCUCCUCAAGUCCGCGGACCUGGGCCGGCACAGCCUCCUGUACCUGAAGGAAAUCGGCCACGGUUGGUUUGGGAAGGUGUUCCUGGGGGAGGUGAACUCGGGUGUCAGCAGCACCCAGGUGGUGGUGAAAGAGCUGCAGGCCAGCGCCAGCGUGCAGGAGCAGAUGCAGUUCCUGGAAGAGGCGCAGCCCUACAGUCAGGGGCUGCCUGUCCACUCCCACAGGGCCCUGAAGCACAUCAACCUGCUCCAGUGCCUGGCCCAGUGUGCCGAGGUGACGCCCUACCUGCUGGUGAUGGAGUUCUGCCCGCUGGGGGACCUCAAGGGCUACUUGAGGAGCUGCCGGGUGGCGGAGUCCAUGGCGCCGGACCCCCUGACCCUGCAGCGCAUGGCCUGCGAGGUGGCCUGCGGUGUCCUGCACCUGCAUCGCAACAACUGUGUGCACAGCGACCUGGCCCUGCGGAACUGCCUGCUCACGGCAGACCUGACGGUGAAGAUCGGUGACUACGGCCUGGCUCACUGCAAGUACAGAGAGGACUACUUUGUGACCGCCGACCAGCUGUGGGUGCCUCUGCGCUGGAUCGCGCCCGAGCUGGUGGACGAGGUGCACAGCAACCUGCUUGUCGUGGACCAGACCAAGAGCGGCAAUGUGUGGUCCCUGGGCGUGACGAUCUGGGAGCUCUUUGAGCUGGGCGCACAGCCCUACCCCCAGCACUCGGACCAGCAGGUGCUGGCGUACGCGGUCCGGGAGCAGCAGCUCAAACUGCCCAAGCCCCAGCUGCAGCUGACCCUGUUGGACCGCUGGUACGAGGUGAUGCAGUUCUGCUGGAUGCAACCAGAGCAGCGGCCCACGGCCGAGGAGGUGCACCUGCUGCUGUCCUACCUGUGCGCCAAGGGCGCCACCGAGGCGGAGGAGGAGUUCGAGCGGCGCUGGCGCGCUCUGCGGCCCCGCGGGGGCGGUGUGGGGCCCGGGCCCGGUGCGGCGGGGCCCGCGCUGGCGGGAGCGGUGGAGCUCGCCGCCGCCUCGUCCUUCCCGCUGCUGGAGCAGUUUGCGGGUGACGGCUUCCACGCGGACGGCGACGACGUGCUGACGGUGACCGAGACCAGCCGAGGCCUCAAUUUUGAGUACAAGUGGGAGGCGGGCCGCGGUGCCGAGGCCUUCCCCGCCAUGCCGAGCCCGGGCCGCGCCGCGCGCCUGCAGGAGCUGUGCGCCCCCGACCCUGACGGCGCGCCCCCGGGCGUGGUGCCAGUGCUCAGCGCGCACAGCCCCUCGCUGGGCAGCGAGUACUUCAUCCGCCUGGAGGAGGCCGUGCCCGCCGCUGGCCACGACCCCGACUGCGCGGGCUGCGCCCCCGCGGACCAGGAUAACGACUCUGACGGCAGUGCAGCCGCCUCGCUGGCCACGGAGCCACUGCUGGGCCAUGGGCCGCCCGCCGACAUCCCCUGGGGCCGCGGCGACCACUACCCUCGCAGAAGCCUGGCGCAGGACCCGCCCUGCCCCUCAGGCUCGCCUUCGCCCUCGCCCUCGCCGGGGCCCAUGAGGCUGGCAGAGGGCGGAACUGAGGAUGCAGACUGGGGCGUGGCCGCCUUCUGCCCGCCCUUCUUCGAGGACCCACUGGGCACGUCCCCCUUGGGAAGCUCGGCGGUGCCGCCGCUGCCGCUGCCCGGUGAGGAGGAGCUGAAGGAAGUGGGAGUGUGCACGGCCACCCAGCGUGGACACUGGCGUUCCAACGUGUCCGCCAACAACAACAGCGGCAGCCGCUGUCCAGAGUCCUGGGACCUGGGCUCCGCAGGCUGCUACGCUGACGGCUGCCCCAGCCCAGAGCAGACCCCAAGGGCCUCCCCAGAGCCUGCGGACCCUGGGGAGCCUCUGCGUGGGCUGCAGGCAGCCUCCUCUGCCCAGGAGCCAGGUUGCUGCCCCAGCCUCCCCCAUCUAUGCCCUGCCCAGGGCCUGGCACCUCCUCCCUGCUUGGCCACUACCUCCUGGACAGAAGCAGCCGGUAGUGGGGGUGACCAACCCCAGGCAGAGCCCAAGCUUGCUGCAGACGCUGAGGGCACUGCUGGACCCCGCCUGCCCCUUCCCUCUGUUCCUUCCCCAUCCCAGGAGGGUGCCCCACUUCCCUCGGAGGAGGCCAGUGCCCCUGAUGCCCUGCCUGACUCUCCCACGUCUGCUGCUGGUGGCGAGGUGUCCGUCACCGAGCCGGCUUCUGCCCUGAAUGGCGGCAACAACUCCCCCAAGGCGGAGGCGCCCAGCAGUGAGGAUGAGGACACGGCUGAGGCCACCUCGGGCGUCUUCACCGACACAUCCAUCGAUGGCCCGCAGGCCGAGAGGCCGGAUGCAGGGCCAGCCUUCCGCUCUUUGCAGAAGCAGGUGGGGACCCCUGACUCCCUGGACUCCCUGGACAUCCCGUCCUCAGCCAGUGACGGUGGCUAUGAGGUCUUCAGCCCAUCAGCCGCCGGCCCCCCUGGAGGGCAGCCCCGCGCGCUGGACAGUGGGUAUGACACGGAGAACUACGAGUCCCCCGAGUUUGUGCUCAAGGAGGCGCAGGAUCCUUGUGAGCCCCAGGCCUUUGGGGAGCUGGCCUCGGGGAGUGAGGGCCCUGGGCCCGAGACGCGGCUCUCCGCCUCCCUCAGCGGCCUCAGCGAGAAGAAUCCCUACCGAGACUCGGCGUACUUCUCAGACCUGGAGGCUGAGGCCGAGGCCACCUCUGGCCCAGAGAAUAAGUGCAGCGAGGACCAAGCUCCCGAGCCAGAGCUGGGCCUGCCGAGCGCUGGGCAGCCGUCUAUGCAGGCCUCUCUUGGGCCUGGGGUUCCCGGGGAGGCGCUGUCCCCACCACUGCGGCUGGGGGGGUCCUUCCCAGAGCCCAGCACCUGCACCUCCGGCCUGGGCCCAGAGCCUCUGGAGCGCCAAAACCCAGCCGAGGUGCCGCCUGGGCCCAGCCGCUCCCAGUUUUUCCUGCUGACCCCGGUUCUACUGAGCUCCGAAGGCGACAGCUCACAGCUCCAGGGGGCCCCAGGACUGUUGUCAGGGCCGGCCCCGCAGAAGCGGAUGGGGGGCCCAAGCGCCCCCAGAGCCCCACUCCGCCUGGCUCUGCCCGCCCUCCCUGCGGCCUUGGAGGGCCAGCCGGAGGAGGAAGAGGAGGACAGUGAGGACAGCGACGAGUCUGACGAGGAGCUCCGCUGCUACAGCGUCCAGGAGCCCAGCGAGGACAGUGAGGAGGAGGCGCCGGCCGUGCCCGUGGUGGUGGCCGAGAGCCAGAGCGCGCGCAACCUGCGCAGCCUGCUCAAGAUGCCCAGCCUGCUGUCUGAGGAUUUCUGCGAGGACCUGGAUCGCAAGAAGAAGGCCGUGUCCUUCUUCGACGACGUCACCGUCUACCUCUUCGACCAGGAAAGCCCCACCCGGGAGCUCGGGGAGCCCUUCCCCGGCGCUAAGGAGUCGCCCCCUACAUUCCUUACGGGCAGCCCCGGCUCUCCCAGCGCCACCGGCCGGCAGCAGCGGGCUGAUGACGGCUCCCCCCAGGGCUCCACCGCUGGAGAGGGUGGCGGGUUCACGUGGGACGAUGACUUCCCGCUGAUGUCAGCCAAGGCAGCCUUUGCCACGGCCCUGGACCCGGCUGCGCCCGCCCCUGCCACGCCCUCGCCCUUCUCGCGCUUCACGGUGUCGCCAGCGCCUGCAUCCCGCUUCUCCAUCACGCACGUGUCCGACUUGGAUGCCGAGUCCGUGAAAGGCCCUGCAACAGGUGCCGUGGGCGAGAGUAAAGAGGCUUGAGAUGCAGGAAGCUCCCGCCCCUCGAGGCUGGCAUCACCAGAGCCCCUGCCAGGCAGCAGCAAAGAUGGUGACUGGGAAGGUGGGGACCAUGUCCUGGUGGCAGCACAUUCGGGUGCCUCUGCAUCACGCUGUGUCCUGGAGAAGCCGGUGAGCUGAGAGGCCCUGGGCCCUGGGCCCUGGACAGAUUGACUAUGCUUCGCCCUGGGGGCAGAAUUCGCCGGCAUUUGGGUUUGCUGCUAGCCCCUGGGGGUGCCUGGAGCCACAGUGGGUGUCUAUACACACACACUCUCUCAAGAGGGGCCAGUGCCCCUGGGUGGCCCCCACCCUGUCUGCUGCUGGGGCCGCCUGGCCUUGGGCGGCUCCUCCAGUGUGCUCACAGGACAAGGCACGGGCAGGCUUGGGCCUUCCCCCCUCCCUGUCCCCGCACCGAGCCUCUACUCUUGCCUGGUUCCUGGUGGCUCAUGGCAAGGAGCAGCCCUGGAUGCCCGUAUAUCAGUCCUGUCUCCGCUUCCCGUAUCUCAAAAUCUAUGGCUGUUUUCCCUUCACUGACUCAGCUAGCCCAUGAGCCACCUUUCCCCCAGGGAAUGUGCUGCUCCCGCCUGGGCCCUGCUGUGGUCAUGGUGGGAUCGGGGUGGAGGGGCCUUCGGGCUGCACUCCUGCCUCAAAGGCCCUGUUCUAGAGGUGCCAUUGGCAGGACGGUGUGGGCAGCUCUCCUCUGCAGGGCACUGCCUGGUCCUGUCCCCCAGCUGCCAAAGGAGAAUAGGGCCAUACCCCGCAGUCAGGGUUGGGGGCUCCUGCCUGCGGGGAGAGGGCUGGUGGGGAGGGCUAGGAGCUGGGCCUGGCAGCACAGGGAAUAUUUUUGUAACUGCUGUGGUUGGAGCGAGUGGAAAUGGGAUGAUUUAAAGUUACUGUUGCCAAAGAGAUGUCAGGUUUUUGCUGCUUUGCAGGGGACUUGUUUUCGUGUUUUGUUUGAGGCUUAGGAUGCUGGUGCAAUGUUCUCUUGUUCCUUUUUUGUUUUUUAAGAGAAAUGAAGCUAAGAA